CCGCGCACAUUAUUAUUAAUCGCACCGGCAUGCAUCGUUUUACGACCGCUUCGCACUCUCAAGACCGCAACCGUCCGAUAACAGUGCGCAUACCGUUACCUAUUUAUCGUAACACAGAAUCAUAGUCCAAAGUUUAUUAAAGGGAAGAAACGCGAGUGUUUCCGACUUAAGUCUGACCCCCCUGUGGGCACGCCACUGGCAUUUUAGUUGCGACAUCGAUACGAAGCCAUGGAGUGUCCGAGGCCGUCGUUUUUGAUCAGGGAUCUUAUCGGAGACGUUUUGCAAACUUCUAAAUCUUCAGAUGUGUCCAGUGACGAAGAAACUGUGGAUAUGGACGAACGUUCGUUGACCGUCAAUGGUUUUGCAGCAUUACCGUUAUUGGUAAAAAAACAUCAUCACAAUAAUUUCCAUCAGCAACAUCAAGACAUGAUGGGUAGCAAAACGUGUGGGCGCAAAGUCCGGCGUCGGCGAACAGCGUUUACGCAUGCGCAGCUUGCUUAUUUAGAACGGAAGUUCAGGUCUCAGAAAUAUUUGUCCGUAGCCGACAGAAGUGACGUGGCCGAAACGUUAAACCUGUCUGAGACUCAGGUGAAGACUUGGUACCAAAACCGGAGGACAAAAUGGAAACGUCAGAAUCAGUUGCGUCUCGAUCAGAUCAGGCAACAGUCAACGGAUCCGGCCGACAGCGAUUUCGGACACAAACAACACAGGCUACACUCGGCGGUGGAACAAGCGUCUCAUGACGGUAGAACGGAACACAGGGUGUUUGCUGUGGCUGCUGAACGAGACAUGUCUAGCGGCGAAAUUCCUAAUUCUUUGCCGGCCACGUUUAUCGGCACACCCUAUCAGGGUAACGGCAGCGCGCGGUGGAACUUCUUGACCACGGCGGCUGCUCUAGUGCGGAACGUGUCAUACGUGCACGGGUGCCAAAUGUAACAAUAAGUGGCACGUCGUGCCAUAUAGAGUAUUCCCUUGAUCUCUCAUGGGCCAUGGCAUCUGUAGGCUUUAUAAUGCAGUUUUUUCUGCGAUGAUAAUGAACGCUAACUAAAAUAGGUAUAAGUUAUGACUAAAAUUUAAUAACAAAAUGAAAAUUCCAGAAAAGGCAUUUGGGGAAAUAUUAUUUUGUCUAUGAUAUUGGUGGCCGAUAUCUGUAAUUAUAAAUUAUGGUUAGGCAAAGCUUAUACAGAAGUCAGAACGAACGAAAUUCAAGAUAAAGGAAAAAGAGUUCAUAAUACCUGCAGAAACUUAAAGCAAUAGGCUCAUUAGUCUUCUCGGUAUACAAUCACCCCGUAAUAUAUAACUUGAGUACUCAAAAAAUCCAAAAACUAUGGCAUUUUAUGUAAAAUUUCUUAAAAUGUAGUGACAAAAUAAAUUCAGUCGUGUAACUAUAAAUAUCUCAAAUUAAAAAAAAAAUGGAAAAUAUAAAAAAAGAAUGACAUCUCGCUUAUAAAUAAAUAGGUAGUAUGUUAAUGGUCUAACUUAUACAAGUU